AUGACCCGUGUCUCCUGGGCUGUGGACCUGAAUCCUCAGCCAGCUGGGACCUCCCACGCCUUGGAGAGAAUGAAGACCCAGUUGUGCCCUGUGUCUUCCCCAUUCCAGGCUGGCUGGCGGCUCGGCCAGCUGAAAGUAAAAAAGAAGUGGCUCUUCCCAGCUUCCUGCAGCUUCUUCUUUCUGCUCUCAGUGCUCAUGACCGGCUGCUUCCUGUGGCAGUACUACCUCCCCAAGCUGAAGACCGGCUCCUUGGGACCAGAAGCGCCCUCUGUCCCUGUGAGGAUGUGUCCCCAGCACCCCGAGCCUGUGCCCCUGGCACACCCUGUCCCCGUGUUGAAGGAGGCCCUGGAAAAGGUGGAGAGGAUCCUGCGCCAGGCACUGUCUGCCCCAGGGCUGGCGGCCAUGUCUGCAGUUGUCAUCCACAAUGACACCGUGCUCUGGACUGGGAACUUCGGGAAGAAGAAUGGCUCGGACCCAGCUUCUGGCCCCCCCAAUGAGUACACCAUGUACCGGAUCUCCAGUGUCUCCAAGAUCUUUCCAGUCCUCAUGCUGUACCGCCUGUGGGAGGAGGGUAUCGUAGCCUCCCUAGAUGACCCUCUGGAGCGGUAUGCCAGCUCCUUCACUAUUAACAACCCGCUGGGCAUGGCACCAGCCCCCAAACAACAGAGCCUGAUGGAUGGGCUGGAGGAGGUGGGCCCAGCCCCAAGGCCUUCGCCCGUCACCCUCCGAAGGAUGGCCAGCCAGCUCUCAGGGCUGCCCCGAAGGCUGCGAUCCACUUCGCUGCUGUGGAGGGGCAGCACCCAGGAGGCCCUGAGCCUGCUCAAGGAUGAUGUGCUGGUGGCGGACCCGGGAACCAGGUGCCAUUACAGCACGCUGGCCUUCUCGCUUCUGGCGCACGUCCUGGCAGCCCACACGGCGCAGGGUGACUACCAGCGCUGGGUCUCCGAGAACGUGCUGGAGCCGCUGGGGAUGGCAGACACCGGCUUCGACCUCACCCCUCCGGUGCGGUUCUGCCAUGCCCGCUUCCUGCCUGCCCAGGCCGUCACUGCCACCCACAUCUGA